AUGGGAGAAAUUGUUGCAGCUAGCAACGUUGCGAAGAAUGGAGGUCCAUCGUCUAUACGUUGCCCACUACUCAAUGAGACAAACUAUACCGUGUGGACAAUAAGAAUGCAUGCGGCACUUGAGGUUCACAAGGUUUGGGAGGCUAUUGAACCUGGAGAAGAAGGAGAUAAGAAUAUCAUGGCAAGAGCACUUCUUUUCCAAUCAAUACCUGAAGCGAUGACACUCCAAGUUGGUAAGCUCAAAGCUGCUAAAGAAAUUUGGGAGGCAAUAAAGAUGAGAUACAUGGGAGCAGAUCGUGUAAGGAAGGCACGUCUGAUGACGUUAAAAGCAGAUUUGAACAGGAUCAAGAUGAAAGAAAGCGAAACUAUUGAUAGCUUCGUUAAUCGUAUAACAGAGUUGACUGCAAAGUGUGCAUCUUUGGGAGAGACUAUUGAAGAGUCAAAGAUGGUGGAGAAGCUUCUGUAUAGCUUGCCUAGAAAGAAGUAUAUACACAUGACGGCUGCUUUGGAACAGAAUCUUGAUAUCACCACAACAAGCUUCGAGGACAUAGUAGGAAGGUUGAAAGCAUACGAGGAGAGGAUUGCAGAAGAAGAUGAAGAGAAACAGGAGGAUCAAAGUCAGAACAAGCUCAUGUACGCUAAUUCAGACUCACAAGGUCAAACACAACCAUACCAAGGCGGAUAUGACUCGUCUAGAGGAAGAGGCAGAAGCGGACGGUAUGGAUACCGUGGAAGAGGACGUGGUCGCACAGGUUAUCAACAGAACGGAGGAGGUUACUGUUGGGCCCAAAUAUGA